GGACGAGUCGUGUGUCGCUGUCUUCAGUGGAGUGUUCGCGAUGAUGCUGAGUGUACUAGUGCUGGCGUGUGGCGUGCUGGCCGCCGCCGCGGACCACCAUCAUCAUCCAACAGAGUCUACACAAGCGGCUCCAGUAGUUCGCAGUACGUCCGGUCAGUUCCGCGGCUCGUGGAUGUUGUCUCGACGUGGGAGACAAUUCGAGGCGUACAGAGGCAUUCGAUACGCGCAGCCGCCUGUGGGGGAACUGCGCUUUCAGCCUCCGCAGCUGAUAGAGAACUACACGAGCGAGGUGGACGCGUCGCAGGACGGUCCCGCCUGCCCGCAGCCCACCUUCAACAACUAUCCAGUGCACGAGGACUGUCUCCGACUCAACGUGUAUACCCCAGACCAUGACUCUAAGAAGCCCCUGCCAGUAGUGGUGUUCAUGCACGCGGGCGGGUUCUACUCGGUGUCGGGGCGCAGCGACGUGGCCGGGCCCCAGCAUCUGCUGGACCGGGACAUUGUUCUGGUCACCAUCAACUACAGACUCGGCUCACUCGGUUUCCUAAGCACGGGCGAUAAGUACGCUCCGGGUAAUAAUGGCUUCAAGGACCAGGUGGCAGCUCUACGCUGGGUGCAGAAGAAUAUCGCUGCCUUCGGAGGAGACCCUAACCUAGUCACCAUAUCAGGGUACAGCGCUGGUUCUUUCAGUGUGAUGCUGCAUAUGAUCUCGCCCAUGUCCAAAGGUUUGUUCCACCGCGCUAUCUCAAUGAGUGGCUCCCCGAUCUCUCAAAUAGUGAUCCCACGCCACCAGCGCUACCUGGCGGAGAGACAAGCCAAGCUCCUGCAAUGCCCGACUGACUCCUCGAAGGCUAUCAUCGACUGCUUGAAGACUAAAAGCUCCAAGCAGCUGGGAGACUCUUUGGAUAAGAUGUUUGAUUUCGGCUACGACCCAGUGUUGCUGUGGACGCCAAUCCAGGAGCAGGACUUCGGGCAGGAGAUGUUCCUGCCGCAGCAGCCGCUGGAGGCGCUGUGUGCCGGCCAGCUGCAGCGCGUGCCCUACAUCGUCAGCCAGACGCAGGACGAGUUCUUCUGGAAGGCACUCGACGUCCUUCGCAACCCGACGGCAUACGACAACUGGCGCGCGGAUUGGCCGGGAUUGGCCAAGAUAGCGCUGUACCUGACCGGAGCUGGUGACAACUCCAGCAUCACGGCCGCCGCCAACAGGCUGAAGCAGGCCUACCUCGGGAGGAAGGACAUUAACAACGACACCGCUACUGGUGAUGGCUUCGGGAAACUUUAUUCUGAUGCUAUCAUAGGGUUUGGAGCUCACAGGUUGGUGAACCUGGCGGGGCGGCACUCCUCGCAGCCGGUGUACUAUUACGAGUUCGGGUACAUCGGGAACAGCAGCCACUACGUGGACCCCGACACCAAGCGACCCAUCGCGGCGGCGCACCACGACGACCUGCUGUACCUGUUUAACGUGAGCUACAGCUUCCCAUCCAUCCCGCCGUCGGACACCAACGACUCCAGCAUGGUGGACAAGAUGACUGCCAUAUUCUACAACUUCGCUAGAUACGGGGAUCCAAACAACAAAGGCGACACUCCCGAGCUGGACGUGUCCUGGCCGCAGUUCAAGCCAGACGAGAGGAAGUAUCUACGCAUCGACACUCCAUUCUCAGUGAAGAAGAACCUCUUUGAAGAGAGGUUCAAAGUCUGGGAGGAACUGUUCCCUCUUGAUUACCAGACUUGUAAAUAGAGUAAAUGAAGCGAUUUGUACUCUACCAACAAUGGCUCCAACGUUGACUCCAAUAUCUUGGUCUGAAUAUUGCUGCCAAGGUUGGGGCCAACGUGUGGUGUCAGAAUUAUUAUUACAGUCUUUGUGUAACAUA